GCUAAUUUGUCUAAAGUUUAAACUCGUUUAGAAACUAAUAGCUCAUCCGUCGAAUCUGAAUUACAAACAUAACUAGAUUAAACAUUUUGUUUGAUUAAGAGAAAAAACAAUAAUUUGUUUUUAAAAUCCAUUAGAAAAGUAAUCAUUUUUCACCUUCCUCUUCUUUGUCUCCAUCUGCAAAUGUCCGUAUAUUUGAAACACAGUGAGGGAGAGACUUGUUUAUGAAAUUUUCUUUCUUCUCAUGAGAUCGAGAAACUCUCCAGAAGAAGUAAUCGUUUCGAGGUUCAAAAUCUCGAGCUCCCCAAUUACUCUGUUGUUGUCGUACUAAUCCUAUGUUUACAGUCAAACUCAAACCCUAAACCCAUUCUUUAAAUUUUGGAAUCGGACAACUUCUUUUAUGAAGCAAUUGUUUCUCCUUAAGACAAUCUAGAGCUGGGUUUUGUUUCUGAGAUUGUAAAGGAGCGAACUUGUUUGAAAUUAGGUGUUAACAGAAACAUCUUUGACUUGUUGAACCAUCUUCAUGGAGAAUCUAAAUACUGAUUUUGUUACAAACGCAGAAGAAAGAGAAAGCCUUUACGAGGAGAUGGCUUGUUUCGAUUCCGCAGAAGUUACGGCGGAGAGCGGCGCCGGACCACCGCCGCAGACUCUUGUCGCCGGAAGCACGAGCAACAGCAACUGCAGCGUUGAUGUGGAGGAGCUCCCUGAGUUCCAUCUCAGCCCACAAGACUGUCCUCAACCUUCCUCAACACCUCUGCAGUUUCACAUCAACACUCUUCCUCCUCCUCCUCCUCCUCCUCCUUGCGACAAUCAAUACCAAAACAACAACAUCAAUCUCAUUCACCAGAUGUCUCACGAUCAACAACAACACGCUAACUGGGAUAAUAAUGGCUAUCAAGACUUCGUAAACUUGGGUCCAAACUCUUCAACAACUCCUGACUUGCUAAGUCUCCUACACUUGCCUAGAUGCUCACUCCCUCAGUCUAUGCUCCCUAACUCCUUCUCAGACUUCAUGUCUUCUUCCUCUGCUGCCGCCGUCAUGUACGACCCUCUCUUCCAUCUCAACUUCCCUCUCCAGACUCGAGACCAACAAAGAAACAAUUCUUGUUUUCUUGGAGUUGAAGAUCAGAUUCAGAUGGAUGGGUUUGACAAUGGGGUUAUCGAGUUUAGCAGUGGUGGUAACAACCGUAAAGGGAGAGGAUCAGGAAAGUCCAGAACUUUCCCUACAGAACGUGAGAGAAGAGUUCACUUCAACGAUCGCUUCUCUGACCUCAAGAGCCUCAUUCCAAACCCCACAAAGAAUGAUAGAGCAUCGAUCGUUGGGGAGGCAAUAGAUUACAUCAAAGAGCUGUUGAGGACCAUAGAGGAUUUGAAGAUGCUUGUGGAGAAGAAAAAUUUUGGGAGAUUCAGGAGCAAGAAGAGAGCUAGAGUUGGUGGAGAAGAAGAAGAGCAAGAAGGAGACAAUGUGGUUUACAGGCCAAAGAGCGAGGUAGAACAGUCUUGCUUCAACAACAACAAGGCGCUGAGAUGUUCUUGGCUGAGGAGGAAAUCGAAAGUCACUGAGGUGGAUGUGCGUAUUAUUGAUGACGAAGUGACCAUUAAGGUUGUCCAGAAGAAGAAGAUUAACUGUUUGUUGUUCACAACCAGAGUUCUUGAUCAGCUUCAGCUCGAUCUUCAGCAUGUUGCUGGUGGACAGAUUGGUGAGCAUUACAGCUUCUUGUUCAACACUAAGAUUUGUGAAGGAUCUUGUGUGUAUGCAAGUGGAAUUGCAGACACAGUGAUGGAGGUUGUGGAGAAACAGUACAUGGAAGCUGUUCCAGCCAACGGCUACUGAGAGACAUUUGGUGCUUUAAGUGCUCUUUGUUUUACCCUAUAAUGACUGAUUAGUUAUUAAUCACUUUGGUAAUUUUCUAAGUUAUGGAUUUCUUUUUUUCUGCUUAUGGUUUCGUCAACUAAUGAUAAGUCAACUAAUGAUACU